AUGGUCAUCAAGCUCUACUUUGCGCCGGUGUUGGGUCCGAUAGGCGGCGCUUGUGUCGCGGCGCUUGUCUUGAACGAGAAACAGGUCCCGUUUGAGGCGGUCCCCGUCAACUUGCACACUUACGAGCACAGGAGCCAGCCGCACCUGUCCAGGCAGCCGUUUGGCCAAGUCCCAGUCCUCGACGAUAACGGGUUCAUCCUCUACGAGACGCGCGCCAUUUGUCGUUAUGUGGCGGAGAAAUACCCCGAGAGGGGACCACGGCUACUUCCUGGCCCAGACUUGCAGGAGCGCUCGUUGUUCGAGCAGGCGGCAUCUGUAGAAUUCGCCAACUUCUUCGCCGUUGUGAGCGCUAUACGAAUGGAAGUGACAAUCAAACCGCACAUUGGCAUGGAGGUAGACCAGGGCAGCGUCGCGCUUUUGCUCGGGCAGCUGGAGAUGCUGUUGGACGUUUACGAGGGCAUUCUUUCGAAGCGCGCAUAUCUCCUCGGUAACGAGCUGACUCUCGUUGAUCUCUUCCACCUCAUCGCGAUUUCGGCAAUGAAACUCGGCGCGAUUCGUGAACUGAUGACCCCCGAUAACCGACCGAAUGUGGCGAGAUGGUGGGCAGCACUCACAUCCCGCCCUGCUUGGGUUCGCCUGCAGGAGGAAGGAAUCAAGUCCAAGAGCAGUGUAACGCAACCUGAAAUGCAAUGA